AUGGAAACAAAGCUGGUUAAUAUCUACCGACCUACACAACCUCUUCAGUAAUGUCACGUGUAUGCUUCCCCUGGAACUCCUCUGACUCCCCCUGUCACUCCACCUUCUUGGCACCUUCUGCCCGGCUCCCACUGUAGCGGUACAUAUCAGUCACCCAUCAACAUUAACACAAACAAUAAAUCAAAGAGUAUGAUUGUUAUAUUCUCUUCUUUUGUUCUCAAACAACUUCCAGUGAAGUGUGUACUGGUGAGAAAUUUGAUGGAGGUGUCAGGAGGAGGUUUGGGGCAUGACUAUACCAUCCUAGAGUUCCACUUCCACUGGGGUGACACAUCAGAUACAUCUGAAGGCUCAGAGCAUACUGUGAACUCAAUAAGAUACCCAAUGGAGAUGCACAUUGUAAGCAAGAGAAAGGAUUUAACCCUGGAUCAGGCACUACAGGCACCUGAUGGCUUGGCAGUGCUGGGAUUUUUUAUUGAGACACAUCCCACAUCAGCGCUAACAUCUAAGACAAACGCCUGGAAAAAACUGACCAGCUAUCGCUCAAAGAUCCACAAAGUUAGUACAACAGUGAAGGUCACAGACGAUAUCUCCAUUGAUGACUUGCUUGGUGAUGUGAACCGCCAUGAAUACUACCGCUACAGUGGCUCCCUGACCACACCUUUAUGCAGUGAAGCAGUUGUCUGGACAAUCUUUAAAGAGUCAAUCAAUGUGGACUUAAACCUGUCUUAA